UAUUACUUAAUACCGUAUUUGCAUGUAAAAAACUCUUUUUUAUGCUUUAUAUAUAUAUAUAUGUAUAUAUAUAUUUAGCCCCACUUGAGCAUCUACCUUCCAGUACAUGCAAAAAGGAGUAUAUGCAUGUAUAUAUGUGUAUCAGUUAAUGGCCGGCCAAUUUCUUUUGAUCGGUCCCAAAAACAAAACGAAGAAAGAAAAGGACCGUUUGGGUUGAGCCUGCUUGUGCUUGCUACUGAGAGGGUCCCCAACUGUAAUUGAACAAACAAAAGUCUUCUUUUAUAUCUUGUUUUCUUUUGUUUCAAGAAAUGGCAACAAAUCCUGAUGAAGAUAAAUGGGAACAUUCUGAUUCUCCUGAAGAAGAAGAAGAAGCAUUGUCUCUAUGUGAUUUACCGGUCAAUUUGAUCGAAGAAGAGAUUCAGUCAAGGAAAGAAGAAGAAGCUUGUCGUCCAGAAACUGAAAUUAUACAAGAAGAUUUCAAUUUUGGCAAAUGGGAUGACUCAGAAAUGUGUGCAGCUGACGAUAUAUUCUUUGACGGCCAAAUUCUUCCAUUUCGUCUUUCAGUGAGUUCUGAAAGUGGUAUUGGUCCUAACAACUGCUGCAAACAAGACAGUCUGAACCGAAACCGAUGUUUAUCAAGAUCAGAAUCCAUUGAUCAUGGCUCAACAGCAGGAUUUACUAGUUUUAGCAGCAGAAGCAGUAGUAGCAGAAGUCAGUUAUCAUCAACCAGUACCAAUAGCAGUUCUGUCAAUACUACAAGUUCGAGAAUCUCUAAGCCAAGAUUCCAAAAUCAGUUUCAUGCACAUCCAAGUCCCAAGCCUCAAAUCAGACUUUCCAACAACUCACUGGGAAAUGCGGCUACUAACAAGAGCAGAAAAUCAAGUACAGUUUGGGAUAUAUUUAGACUGGGUUUGGUCCGUGCACCAGAAAUCGAAUUGCAAGAUCUCAAGACUCGUACUUCUGUUAGUAGAAACAGCAGUUCUAGUAGUAGUAAUAGCAAUUCCAACAUCAAGGUUAGUGGUAACAGCAGCAGCAGCGAAGGCAAGAAGAUGGAGAAACAAAACCAGAAACAGAGAAAACAAAGUUUCUCGGAGAAAAGAUCAUCAGGAAGUCUAUUAAGCGGAUGUAGUUGUACAGUUAGUGCAGUGAAACCAGUUCCAUUAAACAUAAUUAUUAUAAAAAGCAGUAGUAGUAGUACAGGAAAGAACAGUGCUAAAGAUAAAAGCCAAGAAAUAUUGGAGUCAACCACAAAGGAAAAGAAGGUACAAGUAAAGAAUAACAAGAAGAAAAUAGUGGAAAAGCAGCAGCAAAAACCGCAGGGAAAGCAAACAAUGUCACGUCAUCGAACGUUUGAGUGGAUAAAGGAGCUUUCUUCACAUGCUACCUUUCUUGAUCAUGAAGAGGGCCGCCUUGACUCAUGAACAUUUCUUGCGCAUGCUCUUCGUAUUCUUCCUUUCUUGUAUCUUAUCUUUCUUGUUCUUGCUUUUUUUCCUUUUUCUUUUCUUUUCUCUUUAAUUUGAAUUAUAAUAUUUUACUGUUAUUCAUGUCUAGCUAGGCGCUAUUUUCUAGAACUAAGAGUGUUUAUUUCUUUUUUUUCUUGACAGAUUAGUUUCUGGGUGUUCCUGUUUUUUUCCCUUUUUAAUUCAAUUAGUUAUACUUUGUUAAGA